AUGUUCCUCCAAGACGCUACAGGGAGUCAACAGCGGUAUACCGACACUGCGCACAACGGGAUCACCCAGAUUUGUAAUACUCUUUUAUCUGGGGGAAAACUCGCUCCAGAAGAUCUCAGACUUGGUCUUAUUGCCUUCCGCGACCAUCCUCCUCAAGAACACAGCUUCAUCAUCCAGAAAUACCCUUUCACGUCCGAUUUUGGAAGUUUUGCGUCUAAUUUAGCCGACUUAACAGCGGAAGGCGGUGGAGAUGACUCAGAUGAGCCUGAUUCUCAAAGCGAUGCUUUGUCCGCUGCCUACAAGGCCGACUGGAGGGACGAAGCGACAAAAGUCGUAGUGCUGAUCACCGAUUCACCUCCGCAUGGAAUUGGAGAGGACGGAGACGCCUUCCCUGAAGGGUCCGCUAAUGCCAAAUUAGAAAUUGACCCGCUCCGUGUUGCGACGAGUAUGGGAAGAGCUGGCAUCACUCUGUAUGUGAUUGCGUGCGAGCCUACUCUGAGCCACAAUCACAAGAGAGCGCGUGCUUUCUACCAAGGUUUAGUUAAGAAAACCGGAUUUACUAUUUGUGAUAGAGGGAGAGUGGUCAACCUCGGCGAUCUCAGCGUGCUGCUCACUCUCAUCGCUGGUUCCGCCUUAGAAGCAGUCGACAGCGAGAGUUACGUUGCUAAGCAUCAGGCUGAAGUUUGCAACAUGGCGAACAAUCAGAAGAUGAGCGCCAGCGAAAUUUCUCUGAGGCUACACGGAAACUUUGUGGCUGCAGGCACCCAACACAGCACACUCGUUGUCGAUAAUACGUACGACCAGCGUACUCAGGGAGAUCGGAAUGUCGACAUAUGGUUUAAUGCUGAAAAUCUUGACGAAGCAAGGAACAAGAUGCAGCAGGUUGAAGGCAAUCAUAUUCUCGCCAAGUACCAGACCCCUGGGGUAGAACAAUCAGCUGCCGUAGAGACGCAGCCGAUCAGCUUGGCUCAGCUGGAAUUAUGUAACACCUUGGCGAAUAUCAUUGAAUUGAAGGCUCGGGACGCCAAAUCAGCCUCAAAAUUUUCGGGUCUUCGAGUCUCGCUCGCACAUGUACAGGUCAUUGAUCUCAAACCAACCGAAACUUUUAUCGCCUCUGAGUUCGAUGCAACUUUGCCGUGA